AUGAAGGAAGAUGAGAGCAUUCAUGACUUCCACAUGAAUGUUGUGGACAUUGCCAAUGCCUCGGGUGCUCUUGGUGAAAAGAUCUAUGAGGCAAAUAUGAUCAGUAAAAUUCUCAGAUAUCUACCUAAGAAGUUUGACAUGAAGGUCACUGCUAUUCAGGAAGCCCAAGACAUAAACACCAUGAAGGUUGACGAUCUUAUGGGAUCUCUUCAAACUUUUGAGAUGGGACAUGGUGAAAAGUCCGAAAAGAAGAAGAGCGUAACAUUCGUAUCUAAUGCUGAGAGCCCAGAAGACAAGGAACGAGAUCUAUCAGAAGAUCUUGUGCUAUUGGGUAGACAAUUCAAUAAGGUAUUAAAAAAGAUAGACUGGAAGUCAAAACCAAAUGUCAAGAACAAGUAUCUCGAUAUCAGCAGAGCCCAAGAUGGUGAUAAGAAGUCCAACACUGAAGAGCAGUCCAAUCAAGGGAAAGGAGUUCAGUGUCAGGAAUGUGAAGGAUAUGGACACAUAAGAGCUGGAUGUCCUACAUAUCUUAAGAAGCAGAGAAAGGGACUGGUCGUGUCAUGGUCAGAAGACAAAUCUGAAAAAGAAUCGGGCGGUGAAGAAUUUACUUUUGAGGAGAUGCUCAAAUCAUACAAGGAGUUAUUCCUCAAAAGUACUAAAGCUGAUCAAAACAUUGAAGUUCAGAAGGAGAUUAUUGCACAACUCCAUAAUGAGAAGGUUGUGACUGCUCUCAUAGCUCACACUUCUCUUAGAUCCUCCACUAUAGAAGACUGGUACUUUGACAGUGGAUGUUCUAAACACAUGACCAGCAUGAAAAAAUUCCCGCUUGAUAUCAAGCCUCGUUCUAACAUCUAUGUCACCUUUGUAGAUGGAUCAAAAGGUGAGAUAAAAGGAGUUAGUAAACUGGACCAUGUAGGGCAGCCAAGUCUUGACAAUGUUUUACUUGUUAAAGGACUAACUGCAAAUUUGAUCAGCAUUAGUCAACUGUGUGAUCAAGGACUCAGAGUUAACUUCAAUGAUUCUGAAUGUCUUGUAACAAGUGAAGGAGGAAAAAUCAUCAUGAAGGGAACUAGAUCCAAAGAUAACUGUUAUCUAUGGAGUCCUCAAGAAACCAAAUGCUUCUCCUUCCUGAUUAAUGUCAACCGAGGAUGA